UUAUUGACCAUAUUGUCAUAAAACUUUAUUUUUUCAAAAUGAAUAUUAUAAAUAAUGCAUUGUCGGCGAAAAAUGUGCGACAACAUGGCAUGUCGACGCCCAAGUGGACAAUAAAGGAUAAGAUAACCCAAUACAAGGGUCUAGUCACUUUGUACAAACGAGAUCGCCAGAUUACUGAAGUAGAUACUGCCGUUGCUACAAAAAGACAAUCUAAAGGCCUCCAGAGUUUGCGUAAAGCCAUCGAUGUAGAUAGGAAUGAAUUAAAUAAUGCUGUGGUUGGAGAUAGGCAACAUUUGCGUAAUAUACUGGCUGACUGUAAAGAACUGCAACUAGCAUAUCAGAAUUUAGAACCUAAAAUAGCCGUUGAGAACAUUCAUCAAAUUAAUUUUACUAAACGAAAGGCUUUAGAUAAGCUGCAUUAUCAAAUGAAACUAAAAUCUAAACAAUUGAUUGAUUUGAAGUUAGAGGAAUCUGCGUUACAAGAUAGGCUUAAAUAUGAGGGAUUUGACAAAAUAAAGGAAGAAAAAAAUGCCCAAAUUAUAACCGGGAAGGUACAAGAUGCUCUUUUAAAAAAAGAAGCAGCUUUGCAAAUACGUCAGACCUACACGCAGAUAAGUGAUCUCAUGAAAAAAGACGCUCUAUAUUUUGAUGGAAUUUUAUUGACUAUUCAAAAUGAUUACUGGUUUCAAUGUAGAUGUGUUUUGAAUGCCACCAAACAAGGACAACUAGCUACUGAAUAUAAACACGAUAGAGAACAAGAAUUUGUAGCUAUAGAGAAAGCCAUUGUUCAAGAUAUGAAAUUACAAAAGUUUGACCUAGAUCGUAUGCGCGAACAAGCUGAAAAUUUGCAACUUGAUUUAAAAAUGUUGUUAAGAAGAGACAGUGAUCUAACUACAUGCAUACCAAAAGUUGAAGAAUCGAAAGACCUUGCAAUAAUCCGUAGAGAUUUACAAAAGAUUGAAACAAUAUUAAAACUUUUAACAGACACAACACUAGUUACAUCGUUUGAAAAAAUAUAUCCCAGUUUAGAGAUGCAGCGAUCACAAAAGAAAAAACUGAAUGCGUUGGCUAAAAAAUGCGAACGUGAUAGAGACAUUAUUCUAAACAAGUCCAAUCACGCUGAAGUUAUGAGAGACAUGUUGAAAAACACGAUGGUUGAAACCACUGGAGAAUAUAAAAAAAGCAAAUUAGAGUUAAUCGGUUCAAUAAAUAAACAGUAUGAAAGAACGGAUACGUGUAACCGAAAACAACUCAGAAUGUGUAAUUUGACUGCAAAAAUAAGAAUUUCCUUGAAACAGUUACAACAUUUGUGUAUGCCAAUCAAAAUACCAACCCCCCAAAAGGAGAUGAAACAAAAUCUUUUUGGUUCGUUAAUUUCUUUUGUUGAGGAAAUUCCUGAACCAGAAGAAGAAGAAAAUGAUGGGGUUAAAAUAAUUGAAGAAAUUAUACCAAAAUUGCAAUUUUUAAUGUCUAACGUUAAAGAAAGGUUAGAUUCUUCUAACAACGCUGCAGCGUACAAAGUCUACGAAUUCUUAAUGAAACAACGCCGUCCUGAACCAGAACUUGAAGUGAUAAAUGAUGAAUCAUUUUUGGAAGGAUUUAAUAUAGAAGUAUCACAUAUUUUAACAAGGGAGGAUAUUAAAAAGCAGAGUAAUGAAAUUGUAGCCGCUAAUACCCAAGAAGACGAUUUAGUUUUCAUACCGAUCAAGAAAAAGAAAAGGAAAUUUAAGUAGU